UCGCAUCUAAUUUCAUUGUUUGGUGAUCAUUUGACAGUGAUCAUUUUUCUCAAGAAUUUUGAUGAUCCUUUUAUCUUAGUAAUUUGAAUAAAAUCAGCCUAAAGUUAUGGCAUUUUCUUAUCAUUUAUUGCUGUUAUUUUUUGUAUCAAUUAUAUUUUACGGGUCAGUUGAUGCAGAUGAAAUAUUUGUCAAUGGUGAUAUUAAAACAAUGGUCGAUGUUGAUUCUAAUUAUAAUAUUCAUCUGGAAUCGAGGAAUUUUCCAAUUUCAUAUCAUUUUAAAUUUAUUUUUUCCAUACCUGAACUCAAUGUCCUUGAUGAACAAUUCACAGAAUUUAAAGAUAUUGACUGGCAAAAGAAUUUUACGAAAACAGGAUCAUACCAGUUCAAUAUUCAGGUAUAUCUCUAUCCAUUUAAUAAUUAUAUUUACGGAUGGAAAAUCGCGGAAACGGCCGUUACACUUGAAAUCAAAGAUAAUUUAAACGAUUUAAUUUCAAUUCAUGCUAAGCAAAACGUAUCCAGCCUGACAACAGAUUUUGUUUUCGAAAUCAACAAAACUGUUAGUUUUUCGCCAAAUAUCGAUCCACAAAGUAUAUUGGUUCGUUUUGCUGACCAAAUCAAAUAUGAGUGGAGCGUUGAAGGACCCGAUGUGAACAAAACAAAAUUUAUGCAGAAAACAUUUGAUUUUGUUUUCAAUUCAUCAAAUGAAUAUUCGAUUUCUCUGCAAACCUCAGUAUCGUUUCAAAAGAAUUUUGCCGGCACGACGUCCUUAGCGAUUCAGAUUAAAAAUCCUAUCACGAAUGUUUCCAUUUCGGGCAAUAAUUUUGUCGAAAAUGGAUCGCUAUUACAUUUGAACAUCACCUGUGAUGGAAGCCCAAAGUUUCUUCUCUGUCAUGAUUUUUCUUCCACAAAAUCGAAUGAUUCGUGUUUCAAUUCGGGUAAAGUUUCAUCAAAAUGUGAUUAUCAGAUUAUUCAUUAUUUCCCCCAAAAUGGGACGAAAUACGUUAACAUUGGCAUCAGUAAUGAUGUUAGUUUGGUUUAUCGCAAUGUAAAGAUUACCAUUUAUAAGAUUGGUCCAAAACCAUCGUUCGCUUUUGUGAUCAUACCACUUAUUAGUCUUUUAUUAAUUAUUGUGAUUGUUGUUGUCGGUAUAACACAUUUUAUAAGACAGCGACGACGAAUGAAUGCUACAAUAGAGGUGGCAACCAUUGAAAAUUUUGCCAUCUAUAAUGAUGUCGAUUUGGGUAAUGAUGAACAACCAUUGAUAGGAGAGAAAACAUUCUGUCGUCGAGUUAAAGAUUCAUUUAUCGAAACAUUAUGCCCGAAGUGAUAUUCAGAAAAUGAAAAAAAAAAAUAAAAACAACAAUCCCUUGAUAUAUUUGUUUUCUUUAUUUUAUAUUAUAAAUGAUUCUCUUUUUCAUCAUCUUUAUUUCCUCUAUCAAUGUGU